GUAAUUCACACAUCAACUCUUCAGUCUUCACCCUCUUUCCUUUGGUACGUAGCUUCAUACAAUAAAUAUAAAAUGCUUCCAUUAUUUGUUUCGUUGUUGGCUUUCUCCCCUUUGUUCACAAAACAAUGUAGCUCUGAGCCACUCGCUCCAGCCUUGUAUGUGUUUGGAGAUUCAUUAACUGAUCAUGGGAAUAACAACUUUUAUUCCUGGGUUGCCAGGGCUAAUUACCCUCCUUAUGGUAACAAUUUUCCUAAUGGCAUCACCGGAAGAUUCACCGACGGCAAAACUUUUGCAGAUAUUACUGCUGAAUUUCUAGGAUUGCGAUUCCCCCGAGCUUAUCGUAAACCCGCUAGGUCAACAACAGGAUACACUUAUGCAUCAGCAGGCUGUGGGAUACUGCCAGAAACUGGCACCGGUUUGAGUUGCUUGAGUAUGGAUGGACAAAUGGUUCUGUUGAACCAAACAAUAACCAAAGAGUUAGUCCCUUUAUUCGAAACCCCAGCGCAACUUUCUGAAUACUUGGCCAACUCCAUAUUCAUCGUCUGGGGCGGCAGCAAUGAUUACCUCCUUAACUACUUUACUGAUCCAAACCCGGUGUUAAAUCCUGAACAAUUCGCUCUACACCUUAUUAACAGCUUAUCGGAGAAACUAACGACACUAUAUGAAUUGGGAGCCAGAAAGUUAGUGGUGUUGGAGGUGGGACCCCUUGGGUGUCUUCCAGUUUAUCGCAAAAGCGGUAAUCAUAAUGCGACUUGGUGUGACAAAGAAAAAAAUGAAAUGGCAGCAAUGUUCAACAAUCUACUUGGUCCUGUCGUACAAAAUAUGGCUUCCUCCUACCCAGAUUCUUACUUCACUCUCGGCAAACUUUAUGAUCUUACAAAUGAUGUAUUCCAAAAUCCUGCAAAUUACGGUAUGACCAAUGUUAGCCACUCAUGUUGCAUAACAGGAGAAUUGUUGAAGAAUCUACCAUGCUUCGCAAAUUUGCGUCCAUGUGAAAAGCCAGAAGAAUACCUAUUUUGGGAUGGUGCUCAUCCUACUGAAGCUAGCCACAGAAUCUUGGCCACUCCAUGCUUCAAUGGUUCCGGUGUUUGUGUCCCUAACAAUAUCGAACAACUUGUUCAAAAGAAAAUUACUAUUUCUACAUCUCUACAUAGUUCAGCAUAGUUUCAGCCGAUCAAAACAACAAUAAGACGAUAGCAGCAAUGUUAGUUUACUUACACAAAAAGAUCUUGAAUAAAGGAUAAGUAUUUGCAUUACAAAAUUUCUUGAACGAUCUAUUUAAACGUGUAAUAACAGUAUACAAGCUCUUCUAGAUACCA